ACUAAUUACUCAACAAAAUAGAACAUGCUAUCAAAGCGGCAACUGUGUACGUACAGGAACAGUUCAGGUUCGAGCGACGUAGCCACCAAUCACGUCCGCAACUCUCGCAGUCUCUUAUCGCCGCUCAACACUAUAUCUUGAAUAGUUGUUCAUCUACUAGUUUCUAUACAGAUGUGAAUAUCUACUGUUCAUCUUGGCUGACGACAUCGAACGGGAGCUCCUGGAAACAUAACUAAUCUACAAUGGGAAACUGGGGAUCAACUUCAUCGGCCGACCGCUCAGCAGGCUCACAGUCUGCAUCAACAGUCAUCAUCUCAACAAGUCCAUUCUCGCCAGCAGCGGCCGCCCACUCGGCAGGCUCAUAUUCAGCAUCAUCGGCCAUCCACCCAGCAAGCCAAACUGGUCUACAGUCGACAAGUGCCACUGCAUCGCAGAAAAGCAGUCUAAAUAUUCAGCACAAUUCAGGGAACAAUGUAGCAAUAAAGCCGACAAGUGCCACUGCAUCGCAGAAAAGCAGUCUAAAUAGUCAGCACAAUUCAGGGAACAAUGUAGCAAUAAAGCCGACAAGUGCCACUGCAUCGCAGAAAAGCAGUCUAAAUAGUCAGCACAAUUCAGGGAACAAUGUAGCAAUAAAGCCUUAUACUGUAAAGGCUGCUCAACAAACUGUUAAACAUUGUGUAAAUAGUGAUUAUGUCAUUCCUGAUCUGCAAACAGAUAAUUUCGAACAAACGCAAAUUAUAAAUGCCCCACUGAAUUUAAUACCAGAUAAAUUUGGAUUACGUGUAUGUCCCCAAUACAACAGUAAGAACGGGUGCCAUGCUACGCUUUGCCGGCGAUACCACAUAUGUCUUUUUUGGGCGAAGGCACAAUGCACAAGUAAUAAUUGUGAUUAUGCUCACGACUUCACCUCAUACCAUAAUACACUACUUUGCAAAAUGUUCUCUAACAGAAGAAGCUUCGAUAUCCAUGAAAAUAUUCGGGAUAAUCACAGACGCAUGAGAUUUAAAAAACAAGGUUCAGAUGGUGAAAUAUGUAUGUUCAGUAUCAGGAACAGAUGUACAAGAAGCGACUGUUCGAAAGUCCACGCUAAAAUUCCUUACCAAUGGGAGGUUCAGCUUGAUGAUUCAUGGAUAAAAUUUUCUCGCGGCCAGACCCACUACCUAGACGAAAUGUUCAGUCGACCAGACAUUGAAGAGAUUAAGCUUCCUUCCAUGGAACGCAACCUUCAAACCCAUCCGGCAUUUUCGAAAUUCUACGCCUUUUUGUCCAAGAGUAAAGUGUGGUUUGUGAAUUUUGAGACCAUGAAACUUCACUCUCAACAUAGCUGUAUGAACAUACGCAGACUGUCAACUCCUUCAGAUAUUAUGGUAGAUAUUAAUUUAGCGACACGGUGGAUCUGGUACUGGGAAGAUGACAGCGGUAGUUGGCAUCCAUACACUGAUGGAGCUGGCGAAAAAUUCCAUAUAAUUUCUCUUAGCGAUCAAAUGGAAUAUGAGAAAAUAAAUGCUAGAUCACAAAAUAUGCAAGUUCAAAUUAGUGGCAAUCCUUACAGUAUUAAUAUUAUGGACAUGUAUCAGGAAAAUAAGGAUACUAACAAAAUAAGGAAAAUACGAAGGAGACCAUCAUGUCUCCCUUCAAAAGAGAAACAUGAUACUUCAUUCAGCAGCCAAUUUUCAAUUCUGUCAGAAAAUAGAAACUUUUUGAGACACCCUGUCAGUGCAACCUCUUCUGAAUUUAGGUAUAUCAAAGGGCUGUUGCAAAUCGGAAUGGGGAGUAUUCGUGUCGCAACCAUGGAACGCAUUCAGAAUAACCACCUCUGGAAAGCUUACCAAAACAGGAAAAUUUUUUUUUCGUCCAUAUACAAAAAUGAUGCGUUCCUUAUGAACGAACAGUACCUGUUCCAUGGGACAAAGCAUGGAGUAAUCGACUUGAUCUGCAGUGAAAGCUUUGAUUGGCGGCUGUUUGGCACCAACGUAGGCAAUAUCUAUGGUAAAGGGACAUAUUUCACAAAUGAUUCAAGUUUGUCAAAUAAGUACAGUGAAAGCAAAUUAGGUUUAAAAGCUGUGUUUGUGGCUUUCGUUCUUGUAGGAACACUGACAAAAGGAAACAAGGACAUGGAGAUUCCUCCCCAAAAUGCAGAAUUUGGUAGGUGCUUUGAUACCACCUGUAAUGAUGAUUUUACACCUAACAUCUUUGUAAAGUAUAACAAAGACGAAUAUUAUCCUGCAUAUAUUGUCAAAUACUAUGAUGGAGGUUGCCGGUACUGAGAAUGUUAUAUAUACUUUACUGUGGGUUGUGAUAGUGAAGUGAGUUGUUAUAACAAUGUGAGUUGUGAGUGCCAUGUUGUGAUGCCAAUGCAUAUGACAGGCAUUCUUAGACGAGUGUUCAGUCCUGUAGGUAUUCUAAUUUUCUGCAGACACAAGCCAACAGGCGCUCCCAAAGGUGUUGAAGUCGGAUUACAGAAAGAGAGAGAAAGAAAAUGAGAUAAUUAAGGCAGUUCUGUUAUUGAUGAAGUUUAAAUUAACAAAGCAGUUACUUGAAUGUAAUAACUGGUCUGAGAAUGGACGCGCAUACCUUUAUUUAUAUUCUGAUUAUUACUACGACUACUUCUGUCACAAAUAUUUUAUUAAUAUAUGUAGUUGUUUUGUUUAAGAUAUGUCGUGUCUUUACACUUUUUGUGGAUUUUUUUUUACAUAGUUAUUCUAUGUCUAAAUUGUAUAUAAUUAGGCUGAGAAAUAAGCCAAUAUACUGUACAGCAGUAAAAAGAAAAAGUUACGACGAUCUUUAGAGCUCCACUGACCAAUAAGCAACCUUGUUUCAAACGUGUUUAAGCUCCAGCCAUCAGAGUUAACUGAACAGAUACCUGAAUGCAUUCAGUCAGCCAACUGUACUGAUGAUUGCAAUUUACUACUGACAGUAACACUAAAAAAAAAAAAAAAAAAAAAAAAAAAAAAAAUGCUAUACAGGACCUCUCUAAAAGUGUCCACUUUAUUAUACACAAAAGAAACUGCUGUCCUCGGAAGACAUAGAGGAGGGGGCUACGGGGCUGCCUCCCCCCACACUUCCCAAUGGAGCUUUGUAAAACAUUAAACCCAGUAUUUUGUAGUGUUAUAAAAAGUUGUUUUUUGUUAGAUUAUGUCAUAAAUAUACAAUGCAUGUCCAGUGAACUACGACCUGCUGUAGUUAAGGAACCUAUUCUUAUGGUUAAAAACAAACUGUUUGAGUGUAAUUGAUAUAACAAAUGAACUAGUGAUAUGUGCAUGAUAUUGGCUUUUUCUGUCUUGUACAGUAGUUAUGCAGAGAUUUCUUAGAUUAUAUUUUAAGACACUGUUCUGCAAACAUUGAUUUACCUGUUUAAUUAACCAUACGAGCAGAACGACUGAGGUGCAGCACUAUUUGUUUAGAGAUCUAUCAUGCAACCUGCUUGUUAGAAAAGAUUACUAAUAAAAUAAGUGAACCAGUUAGA